AUGGGAGACCUGGAGUUUGCUAAAGCUCAUAAUUCUGCAAUUUUUCUUGAAGAUCCUCCUGCAGCCCAUAGUGACUUGAAAACAUUGUGGAUGAGAAAUGCUGAAGUAAAGAAGAAUGAUCGAGGCGAAAAAUUUCUGGAAACAACAAUUGAAGACAAGAAACGUCUAGUACAGAAAGCAUCAUCAGAGAAUCUCUUCAAAUUGAGGACAGACCUGAGUACCUCAUGGAAAUUGAAGUCCAUCAAAUUGAGAAAAUUUUGGAACAUAUGGGACACGAAGGAACUUUUCCUCCUACAAUCAAAGCUGCUUCCGCCAUGCUGGAAACUUUUAGCUCAUGUGUUCGUGAGUUGCGUUUCUGGCUGGAGAUCAGGAGCUAACAAGAUUUCUCUAGCCAAUACUGGUGCCAUUGUUGCAUUGGCAGCAGAGGAUAACAGAGAAGAAGCAGCAGAUAAAUGCAUGCCGAUAGAAGAUGAAUACACUCAUAAUUCUCCCUCUGAGCCUGUAGUGGAGGAGAUUCAUCACUCUCCCACAGCUUGUGUUGCUGAUGAGCAUGAUCAUCAGAAAGCAAGUGAUUCAAUAUCUUCUCGAGGGGAUGACGACGAUGAUCUUUAUGAAGAUGUAGAGUAUUUGAAAGAAAUCGACUUUACAGGAAUCAAUGAUGAUAUUCCAACAAACAUCGAGUUUGAUUUUGGUGAUGAAGAUUUUGAUCCCUUUCUGGAUACUCCCAGCAGCCAUGCAAAUAAAGUCAAUGAAGUUGCUUCUCUAGCAACCAAGACUAGAAGUGAAGGAAAUUCUCUCAAAAUUCUGCUCACCUCCUCCAAGCCCUUGGAAAUCACAGCAAGUCAAGGAUAUCUGAACCUCAGACUUCCCAUACCUCCAUUAGAACAAGCCAAUCUCCUAUGUGAAAAGUGCUCCUCAAAUUAUCUCAAUAAUCACUACAACCACUGCUCACUCUCCUUCAAAACAGACUGA